AUGGCCGAGGCAAGCACCCGCCGCCUCGCCCUCAUCGAGGCGUUUGCCCGUCAACAGGUGCCUGUGGCUGUCCACACUUCCUCGGAAGAGCAAAAAGUGGCCCAGGCAAAGAAAGAAGCCCAAAAAAUGUAUGACAUGAUCAUGCAGACCUUUCCUGACCCCCCUUGUGAGUACUCGCUAUAGCAUUGUUGCAGAUGCUCGAGCGCUUGCGCUGACUUUGAGCAACAUUGCCUCUAGAUCCCAGCUCCAACCCAACCACUUCAACUUUUGUAGAGUCGGAGUGA